GAUAAUAUACUAGGACCCACUAAAACAUAAGAAGUACUUAUCAGUUUGGUGUGAAACAAUAACAAAUAAUAUAUAAUAAACGGUUAAUUUACAAUGUGUUAGCCUGUUGGUUUAUCGAAUAAGCGCCACUGUAUAUGAUUGACAAUUUAACAAGUUAAAUUAAUUAACGUACCUAUAAGUACCUUUUUCUGUGGAAUUGUGAAAAAACUGUUUAUUUGUGUUGUGAUAAUUGUUUGUUUUGAACAUUUAUGUGAAAGGAAUAAACGCUAAGCAAAUGGCACAGCAGCACAUUCUCUCAGCAGUAGAAUCAGAAAUAAAUUCUGGUAAGGAAAAAGGAGAUCCGACUGAACGUGACCUAACUGUAACACUUGAUGACAGAGAACUGUGGGUGAGGUUUCAGUGUUUCACCAACGAAAUGAUUGUUACCAAGAGUGGACGGCGAAUGUUUCCUGUUAUUAAAGUCACAGCUGGAGGUCUCGAUCCAAAGGCCAUGUAUACAGUUCUACUAGAAUUUGUUCAAAUUGAUCCGCAUAGGUGGAAAUAUGUCAAUGGAGAAUGGGUACCAGGGGGGAAGGCUGAAGUUCCUCCAUCUAAUCCAAUUUACAUACAUCCCGAGUCACCAAAUUUUGGAGCGCAUUGGAUGAAAGAAGCAAUUUCUUUCGCAAAGGUAAAACUCACAAACAAAUCCAAUGGAAACGGCCAAAUAAUGCUCAACUCCCUUCACAAAUAUGAACCCAGAGUCCAUCUAGUCCGAGUCGGCACCGAGCCUAGAAGAGUCUUGACAUUCCCUUUUCCCGAGACCCAGUUCAUCGCCGUAACCGCCUACCAAAAUGAAGAGGUUACGUCUCUGAAAAUCAAAUACAAUCCCUUCGCUAAAGCCUUUCUCGACGCGAAAGAAAGACCUGAUAACUUAUAUAGCCAGAGGGAAUUUUCAAGCAGUUAUGGACAACAACAAAGUCAGUAUUCUCAAUAUGGUUCUUGGUUCCUUCCUCAUCAACCAAUGUACGCACCAGCAUCUCAAAUGUCUGCAUGUCAGUUCAGAUCAAGUCCAACAUUAAAAAGGCAAAAAUCAGCACCAUAUACAAUACAAAGGCAAAAAUCAGCAUCAGUGUCACCUCCCUCACAUGUAUAUACACCACCAGACCACAUCCAGCAACAAUCAUUAUACAGCUCAACAGGACCAACCUACACAAGCUGGCCAACAAUGACAACAAUACAGACUCCUCCUGCAGCAGUUAAUUGUUGGUCUAUCUCCUCGAAUUCUCCUCCACCACACCAACUGACCAAUCAAACCACCCCCAACCAAUCACCUAGUCACCAAAUAUACCAACACUCUCCGAUAGCCAGUAUCACAAAUCUCUCUUAUUCUGGUUACUAUGGCGAUGUAGCUUAUCAGAACCACGAGUAUAUUCCAGUGGUUAAUUCCGAUCUAACAUAUACUCAAAUAGGUUUAGAUAGAACAGCUUCGGUGGUGUACCAUUCUGAUGUGAAUAAUUCUGAAAAGGAAGAAUAUGAAGAAAGUACGCCUGUUAACAGCACCAACGAAGAAAGACCCGGAUCUGCGCCGAGUACGCCCAGGCAGGAGUGGAUCUCUAUGACUCAUAUGCAAAAUUAGGUUUAAUUUGCUUUUUGUAUAUAUUCUAAAUAAAUUUUAAAAAAAUAA